CGACGGAAUAUCAACUGCUUUAAUGGAGGCGGACGCCAUAACACCGAUUGAAAUGACGAAUACAACCGGAACGAAGCUGAACGACUUGAAUGAGUAUUGUCUUCUCGAAAUAUUUUCAUGCACUUCUCUGACUCCGAUCGAUCUGUGCUCUUUGGCAGAGACUUGUAAACGCUUCCAACAAAUAACACAGCGUGUGUGCGCAAAGGAUUUCGACAUUUCACGUUCAUCAGAUCGUCUCAGAGUGAGAUGCACUUUUAAGAGUAUGGAAUAUUCAAAAUCUUAUCGUGAGCACAAUGUCGAACGAAUUUUAGCAAAUUUUGGACACUGUCUUUCAACGCUUUCAAUAGGCGAGGGGAAUCAAUUCGUUGUGAAUUUGGUAGGAAAGUAUUGUGGCGACGUCACGUUAAAGCGACUCGAAAUUCGCAGAAUGACAUAUGUUGAAGGCCUCAGAUUGCAACUGAAAUCAUUGUUUCAACGACUGCUGGCGCUUUCUAUCAUUGAUUGUCAUCUCCUUGCCGCAUCGUCAUAUUUCAAUUGUGAUUCUUUGAUUGAAUUGGAAAUCGUUGACUCGACCGGUUGCAUUGCAAUUCUGAACAAUGAUUUUCCGAAUUUAAAACGAUUCACAUUACGUUAUCAUACAAUGUGGCCGGGUCGUGAUGGCUACUACGUCACUGGCGUUGUAUCAAGGUUUAUCGGCCGCCAUAAACUAAGAGUUCUUCAUCUGGAUUCAAUGUCGGUAUGCCUCAGCGAAGAUCUUCUAGAUUUAAUCCUUAACAGCGAGGAAUUGGAGGAAUUGACUUUACAAAGCUUGAAGAGGGAGAGGUCACUUGAUGUUUUAAAUCAGAAAAAUUUGUCAAGCUUCAGGAAACUUAACGUUGACAUUACCUUUGACAAUUACAAUCACAUCUCUGCACUUUUGCAAGCAUCAACGUCGUUGGAAACAAUAGAAAUCACUUUUGUGAACACCAUUCCCAUUCGUGUGUUCGAUGUUCUAUCGCAACAGCAGCAUUUACGUGAAUUGACUUUGAAUUAUUACUCCUUUGAACGCAUUCAAUGGUCAAUCUUAGCUCAAAUUCGAAAACUUACCCUAUUCACGCCAAGGAAUGCAUUUGGGGCCGAUCUUAUCAACAUAGUAAGUCAAUUGACAAAUUUGGAAGAAUUUGAAUUUGAGGAUUAUUGGGAUAGAGACGAAUUUGUUCUGGCUGAAGGAGAUUUUGAUCGAAUUGUUAAAAUUGUUGAACGAAGGCCGAAUGUGCUGACAUUGAAGUGCAGGCAUAGAUUUACCUUGUCGGAGAAUUGUGAUAGAGUUAAGGCUAACGCACAUAAAGUACGAGUGUUUACACUUGGUCUCGGUGCAUCCGCAUUACAUUAUUUGGUUGAAGGAGUUGCCACAGCUGGUGGUGGAACAGCGGUUUUUGUAGAUUAUAACGAAAGCAUGGAUAAGAAGGUUAUCAAUCAACUGAAAAAUGCAUUGCAACCGUCACUGUUUAAUGUCACAAUAAAGUGGAAUGAAUCGGCUACAGAUGAUGUUCCAGAGCUGAAUACAGCUAGAACUUUAAUCGGCUACAACAAACCAAUCGAGACUGAAGCAGUGACCUCAGAAUCGCGCCUUUCGGGGAUCAAACAAUCACCCAAGAAAGUUCGUCCAAUAUUUGACGGGUCACAGUUGUUGGUAUUUGGAAUUUUCAAAAAUGGUGGUCCGAAAUCGGUGCUUAUUACGGCGCACACACCUGAUGGGCCACUUACUUUGCGAAUAAAGCAUUCUCCUUCCAAUAAUCUCGACGGAAAUGGAAAUUUACUUCAUCGUCUUGCAGCGAUAAAACUGAUUCGUGAGCUGGAAAUGGAAGUUUCUGCAUUGCAAUCCGAACAUUCGGAAGCAGAGAAGAUCUUGAAAAACGAAAUCAUAGAAAUUGCAUGUCAGAACGGAAUUGCGUCCAGAUACACUUCCUUUAUUGCCACUGACGUGAGAAACGACAAGCAAUCGGAGGAAAGCUGGGUGAUGGUAACAAGACAUGUACCUAGUCAAAUUGCACAUGGUUCAUAUGCGAUUAUGACGAAGAAUUAA